AGAGCUGUCAGCGGUAUCCAGGAAGUGACGUGAUACGCGUCCUUAGAGCAGCAAGAUGGCGUCUAAAGGGAGAAGACGCGGAGUUCUGUCCUCCACUCCUCUCGAAGUGCUCUUCUUCCUCAAUGGAUGGUACUGUGCCUCCUACUUCCUGAUCGAAGCGCUCAUAUUUAUAUAUAAAGGACUUAUAUUACCUUACCCCACCUCUAACCUCGUACUGGAAGUGGUGAUCCUUUUUCUCUAUCUUGGAAUUGAAGUCACGCGAUUAUUUCUUGGAUGUCGUGGGAACCAGUGUGAGCGGAAGCUCCCUCUUGUGGUCAGUGUGGGUCUAAUCAUUCCAGCCGGAUUGCUUGCCCUGUAUUUCCUGUUUCUUCAGACGUAUGCACUGCGGCUUGAGACCGUGCUCAGCUGUGUUCUUCUGCUGUUCUAUGCUUUAGAAGCCAUACUGAGCUGUGCUGCACUUAUAACAUUCUGCAGGGAACCAUCAUAUUAAGUAUUACGAGACCUACACCAGGAUGACUCUACUGGACUCCUGAAUGUUCUAUCUUUGUUUGCUGUGCAAAUCACCGAAGCCGUGGGCUUCCAUCUAGGCCACCAUUCAGUGUUAAGUGUUUCCUCACUGCUGGAAAAGACUUUUGCUCGAUGUAGUCACUGAAUGCAGCCUCUCUGUUUAUUGGGGAAGGAAGGGGGGGGGGGGCAGUGUGUUUGUGCAGUUGAUUAUGUGAUUAUUCCAUUGUGAGAGUUGACGGAAAUUAAACAAAUUUGUUUUUAG